CUUGAGAAGCUGAUGAAGCUGCGAGUGGCUGUGGUGGACGCGGGACAAGACAGGCAGAGCGAAGCAUCAGCCACGUCUUCCACGUUGAGGAAUUUGGACCCUCAAGACGCCCUCGGCUCCUAUAACCCUUCGUCAGUAGCGUCCUUAGCUUCCACGGCCCUCCCUCUGCAGGUCGUGGAUUCCAACAUCACAUCCCUGGUGACGCCCCGGAUCACCCGCGCCCACGACUGCCACGCCCACACACGCUAUGAGAAGGAUACUUGUACGUCUUGUCUCAAUGGUGGGCGAUGCAUGAGAUCUCACGAAGGACAUAAGUAAGUGGUAUU